AAGCUUUUCACGGUCACACAUUCACAGUUACAUUUCGAUGACCGAGUCUUUUGUUGUGUCGAUCAUGCAGCUGAAGACCAAUGCCUGCACGCAAGUCCAACUGUCCCACAAAUACACAGAAUCUGUUUGAAUCCAAGGGUAAGCUGGGAGCGGAGGCGAGAACACUGUUUUGGUACGUUGGAUAUCAGUUUUUGUUACAAUAGUCAAUACUGCCACUACUGGACCGCAGAGUAGACCCCAGGUGCAGCCUAGCCUUGCCUGGAACUGCAAGGCCCGCGGCUAAAUGUAGCUCCAGUAUUUUCCCCGGGGCGAUGCUGUCGUUUCGCCGAUACCGUUGCCACCUCACUCCUCAGUAUCGGUGGGAGACUGUGACUAGACCUGCGCCGCUUGACCGAACCAAGAAUAGGCAAAAUCUCGUCCAUGCAACUAACUUGGACGAUUGAUGUUGGUUUGGCUCAGCUUCAGCUAGCCCGUGUGGUGGUAGUGUGUAUGUCCAGCUAAUCUCUCAGGACUUCUUGCCGAUGAAACUAAUUCCUUAGUACAUCCCAGAAGUCACCCGUGCUCACACCGUCAUGACACUCCCCUGUGGUUCUUGUCGAUACGGCGACGACCGUGCCGACGAUUGAUCUAGCCGCCAGGCCAAUAUCCGUCACAACGGUUGUCCCUUCAACUCUAGUCCAGAGUACAGGGGAGUCCACCCUGGCCUCCCUAGCUAACAACCAUGGCUGUGCAGAGUCCUCCUAGUGUAAUCUCCACCAGCGAGACGUUCGUGUCGGCGGAGAAGCGCCUGGUCCGUUCACACUCCUCGCUCAAACUCAAGUGCAGGAUUGCUGUGCAGAACAUACAGGGGCGCGUACGCGCACAUGAUGAAGUGAUGCAGGGUGCUGCUGCUGCCGGCGAAACUACCUGCACCCGUACAGGCCGUAGAUCUACGGACACGCCGGAUGACGAGGCCACGUCCCCGGAAGACGCCGGCGGCAGCGCGAAGUCGAUACCUGUUGUCAGCAGGGAAGAGAUGGCUUGUAGAAAGCGUGACAUAGGCUUGGCAUUGGGCUGGAUCGUGCAGAGUUUGAAAGAGCUUCGACAAACCGAUGUGGAUCUGACCGAACACCUCUCCACCAAUCUGGACAAGAUACGUGCUGCCAAGCCCAGCAGGCGACGUCUUGCUCGACGGAGCAGUGUCUUGACUCAGUCCGGGUCCAGCGUGAUGUGGGAUGCGAUGUAUGAAGAAACCAGCGGCAACCCUCUGUCGGAGUACGGCGGCCGUGGCCUGCCGGAUGAGUAUGUGUCCGAAGACAAUAUUAGUGCUCGCAAGAGUGAAGACACCGCGUCGCUUCAUCCCUGGCAGCAGGACUGGAGAACGCAGAGCCUGUGCCGGCGGUCCAAGAGGCGCAAACCGCAGGCAACACCACGCGCCAUCGACCGUGUCAAGCAAGACGCAGAGGAGUUACACAACGCACCGCCGGCACCUGCAAAACCCUCUUUACAGCGGUCUGCAUCAGCCUGCACAUCUGUUAGUCCACUGGCCGGCAGCCACAAGCCUACUAACCAAGUCACUGACAGCCAGCUGACCCUUAACCAAGUCACUGGCAGCCAGCUGACCAUUAACCAAGCCACUGGCAGUCAAUUGACCCUCUGUAACAGCCCGCCAAUGACCGAAAGUCCCAUACUUUCCCGAUGCUCGAGCCGGCGGACAAUACCGUCACAGUCGUCGAGAGAUGAAGCUGUUGCCACGAAACCCGAAGUUCCUGUUCUAUGCACACCCGGCACUCUCCCCAUUGUGACUAGUUUUGACGAGGCUGCAAAGAAUUUGCAGAGAUCAUCCACCGAGUCACUUCUGGAUGUCACGUUUGAGAAGCAGGUGAAGCUGGAGAAGCGCAGCAGUUGGAAGUUUGAGAGCAUCAAGUCGGCUAGGGUGAAGCGGCAAAAAGCGGCCAUCACGUCCGAAGGCGAUGAGGUCUUCCAGUUUGGGCCCAGUAGCAAGAUGGUGAUCCACACCAGAGAUGGUGCCCCUGUCCUGAGAACUGAGCCAGAGGAGUCGGUUUCUGCAUCCAUUGACCUACCUUCAGUACCGCCAAUGCUCAAGCUCCCGGAACUUCCUGGCACUGUGCCAGGACAUCCAUCGCCACGGAUUUCGCCAUAUCACACGCCGGGGAGUAGCCCACGGCCACGUCCACAGCUGAAGUCGAGUAGUCUGGAGGAUGUGCUCAAUGCAUCUGAUGCUCCACGCCGAGCAGUAAGCAUGGAUGCUCUGAAGCAGCAUGGCACAGGCGCAGAUCUUCCGGUACCAGCCGCACGUGCUACAGCCUUGCAGCUGCAGCAAAAAGCCGUGGCACAAAGUCUAACCCACCUAAAGAGCACCGCCUAUACUCCAGGCGAAAACACCUCUCGAGCCAAUCGUCCAGAUCUCACAUACCCUGCAUAUGUUCGGUCAAUUGGACGCAAAACUUCGGCAAUUCGGUCGGGUUUCCACGAUCCUCCAGCUGUUCACUCGGGAAGCUCUCUGGCAGCUGCACAUCAUCACAGUAGUGUUCUGGAGCCCCCAGCUGCCGGUGUUCUUUCCGAUUCUAGCAAUUCAAGUUUCCAUGUUUCAUGUCCAGGCGGCCUCCCAGCACAUUCAUCAACAGUGCGAUCAAAUAGCCUCAGGCUCAGCUCAGGACUUGCCAGUCAAGGAACUGUACCCUCUCCUGGCAGUCACCGAAAGACAAGCUCACCGGCAGUUGGUGAGAGUACUUCCAGAUUCCCGUCUACGGACUCGGUGAACGUGUACAGACCCCGCUGCUCAAUAGGAGCCUCUCCGAACGACCGGAUGAUGCUGGUGCCUCCCACCCCGGAACACAGCCCUCCAUCUAUGACUAGUGGGCCAGUGCUAGGAGCAGUGGUGCCUGGACAUCUUGCAAGUACAGUUGUGGCACCUGGACAUCAUGCAAGUACAGCUGUGGCACCUGGACAUCAUUCGUAUACAGGCAUGCUACCUGCACAUCGUGCAAGUACAGAAGAAGAAGGACAAGAAGCUAAAGAUAUGCAGUUAACGUCAACACUAUCCUUGCCAGUCUCAUUGUCCCCAAGAUCGACUCAAACUGUACAUCCCUGCUCAACACACACAACACUAUCACGGAGAACUCUUUCUGUUGGCAUGGCUACACACUCAAAUGCGGAUGUCCCUGUUUCACCCGGCGGUACAGUGAAGGAUAAGUCAUCACAGAGGUCUCUGGAUACGUCGCAGAAAUUUCCAGUAUCGCCACGCCACGUUAACGAGAGUUCCUCAGAGGCCAUCAUUCGCCGCACUCCGUUCCGCGGACAGCGAAGCAGCCUGACGAGUUCGCCGCUGCUUCGCCAGAAGUGGCACAGGCGGACGGCUUUCGGUGUUCCUGACGCCAGGUACUUGGUCAACAGUUGCAGUGAUCUGCCUGUGUGUCAACUAGAGGGUGAUGGCGGUGAGAGCAGCACUUGUUCCGACAGCGACGCUCGCUUUGCAUCGUUCUCAGCAGAUUGGUCAAUGGCAGCGAGGACAGUUGAGGACAGACGAUGGCGUCAGUCAGCCAGCGACCUGGAAGGUGGACACAGCAGGAAUCUGACCUGUCAGCCCGGUACUAGUCACCCUUCAAAGCUGCCGUAUUCGCACAGCAUGAGAAACUUGCAGGAAACUCCAAGGAGACACGUACCACCUCCACCGCCAAAGAGAACAAUAUCAUUAACCACUGCUGCCACAGCUGCUGCUGAUGGAGGUGGUGAGGUGGCGGCACGCAUGCCAGCGAAAAAGGGUAGUAGAAAGUCAAAGGGGAAGGCAGUCCCUCAGGAGCCCAUUGCAGAGGCAGGUGCGGUGACAGCAGGCUACGGGUACGGAACACUUCCAUCGUUUUCCAGGAAGAGGAACUCAAUUACUUACUCCUCGGCAAGGGCGUCAAUGUCGAGGAAAGGUGCAAGUCUGAUGUCGCGCCUCUCUGCGCCUCUUCUCAGGAAACGUUCCAGCGGGAACAUAACGAAGGAACCUGACCACAGCUUGAACAGUAUUGAUCAGGGUGCAUCCUCUGAUGCCAACGAUUACUUGGACGACUCGGGACAAUUUGACAUACAGGAAUUUGCUGAAGGGAAAAUGGCUGUAUCGCAUGUAUGAUCAUCAUGAUCCCCACCCCAUUUGGUUACGAUAUGAACCACCGCGCCUAACAAAAGUGAAUCAUGAAGCUUUAAUUAAAAGUUGGCGAGAAUGUCAGAAAAUUAUGUCCUUGAUUUUUUUACCGUGGCUGCAGUACAUUACCCUCGCAGCUACCAAUUCAAGGAAAUCGUUUUGUUUUGCAUUUUCGCCUAUUGUUUCCGAAAGCUCUAAGGUUUGUUUUUGCUGAACGCAGCCCGUAUACCUUCAGGUGCCUUGUACAUGUCUUCAGAAGCCAGUGCUGUUUGUCGAAUAACUCCGGUGAAUAUAAAACUUGAUAACGCAUGUUGAUCAUACUGCAUGUAGAUCAUAAUGCAUGUGGAAAGUCCAUGCCGGCAGAGCAUGCAGUGCGACUUACAUGACGUGCUUGCAGUACAUGAUUUAGUGCACAUUGAUCAUGAUCAUUAUUUUGUCGCUUGCAAUUAGCAUGUAAACUUCAUAAGGAGUGUACCAUAAUCAGGCCUAACUUUAACUUUAGUAAUAUUCAGCCAUAACAGUUGCUUGAUGCGCUCUCAAUUUUGAUUUUUAAAAUUAGUUUAAUUUAAUUCUUGGUGCGCAUGGGUGUCACCAUACGUAGCAUCCGUUAUAUUUUAGAGUGGCUUUUUGAAGGCCCCUUGGGACUAAACAUACAUGUACAUGUACACUCUCAUCAAUAGUAUCUACUCAGGCUA